AUGGACUUGUCUAACUGUACAGAGGGGGUCUUCUCCCUGGGUGGGGGUGAGGAGGGGGAUGGGGGUUCUAUAACCCCACCAAGUAAAAUCAUCCUCACCCUCACCCUGUCCCUGCUCGCUGUCAUGACAAUGGUUAUCAACUCCCUGGUGAUCACAGCCAUCAUCGUAACCAGAAAGUUACAUCAUCCGGCCAACUACCUGAUCUGCUCUCUGGCGGUGACGGACCUGCUGGUGGCCAUCUUGGUCAUGCCCUUCAGCAUCCUCUACAUACAGAGGGAAAGCUGGGUGAUGGGCGAAGCUGUCUGUAAUGUUUGGCUGAGUGUUGACAUCACCUGCUGCACUUGUUCCAUCCUCCACCUGGCAGCCAUCGCUCUGGACCGCUACUGGGCCAUCACUGACGCCGUGGAGUACUCACGCAAACGCACCGGCCUCCGAGCUGGCAUCACUGUCGCCGUCGUCUGGUUCCUGUCCGUCCUCAUAUCCCUUCCCCCUCUGCUGUGGAGGAACCAUGGUGGGGGGCCAGAGGAGGACCAGUGUCUAAUAACGCACCACCACAUCGCCUUUACCCUCUACUCCACCCUGGGAGCCUUCUAUAUUCCCCUGCUCCUCAUCCUCAUCCUCUACUAUAAGAUCUACAGAGCAGCUCAGACUCUGUACCUCCGCAGGGGGACCAGCAGAGCCAGCCAGCACUCCUCCAUGGUCAACGGAACCACCCUCCCCUCCUGCCCCACUGAAGGAGACCCCCAGAGCCCAGACACCGUGAACCCCCCGGAAAAGUCCUACUCAGACCCCUCCACGGAGGGCGACCGCGUGCGCAUCGCCGUAAAAAGUCCCCAGAGCGAAUCGAGGCGGGAGCGUGAAUGUGGGUUGAGACGGCAGCGUAUCUCAGGGACCAGGGAGCGACGCGCUGCAUCUACGUUAGGACUGAUACUGGGGGCCUUCGUGGUCUGCUGGAUGCCUUUCUUCCUGAAGGAGGUGAUCAUCAACACAUGUGGCUCCUGCAACACCUCCAUAGAGCUGGCUGACUUCCUCACCUGGCUGGGGUACCUCAACUCCCUUAUCAACCCUCUCAUCUACACUAUCUUCAACGAAGACUUUAAGAAGGCCUUCCAGAGACUGGUCAGGUGUAGGUUUCACCUCUGA